AUGUCUAUCGAAGAAAUCCCACAAGGCGCUGACGUCUCCAUCUUAUCCAAGAACGAAAAGAAGGCCAGAGAAUUGAUCAAGAAAUUGAACUUGAAGCAAAUCAAGGGUAUUACCAGAGUCACCUUCAAGCAAAGAGGUAACUUAAUCUACGCUAUUGAUCAACCAGAUGUUUUCAGAUCUUCUGCUGGUACCUAUGUUGUCUUCGGUGAAGCCAAGGUCGAUGACAUGAACAAGAGAAUUGCUGAAGCUCAACAACAGCAAGCUCAACAAGACGCUCUUUCUAAGGCUGCUGGUGAAACUGGUGAAGCUGGUGAAGAAGACAAGUCCCAAGAUGCCAUUACCGCUGACUUGGAAAAGGCUUCUCUUAACACCAACAAGAUUGAAGAAGAAGAAGCUGAUGAUGGUGAAGUUGACGAAUCCGGAUUAGAUGCCAAGGACAUCGACAUUAUCGUUGAACAAACCCAAGUUUCCAGAGCUAAGGCUGUCAAGGCUUUGAGAGUUCACGACGGUGACAUGGUCAACGCCAUCAUGGAAUUGUCUUAG